UCGUCUGGCGACAGCACACGUCUGUGAGGUCGACACCAUAGAAGCCCUCGUUAAUUAUCUCUUUUUGUCUUUAAUGUCACGCGAAAUUUGCUACAUUACACGUCCGGCUUUCUAUUAAAUGCAUUAAGUUAGAAAUUUAAUUUCUUCUUUUUUCGGUGAAGCAUGUUCAACGAUGUUGCGAUCGCAAACGGAAGUUCCUAACGUGUCGCGCGACUUUUUGCGUGCCUGUCACAGUGGAGACGUACACAAGGUGGAAGCUCUGGUUGAGAAACACGGAAUUAUCGACUGGAGCGCUUUUCGUCACGUGGCAUCCGGCGAUACCGCGUUGCACGUGGCCACACGAGAGGGAGAUACGAACAUCGUGAGAUAUCUGUGCGAACGUUUUGACAUGCCGUCAUUUAAAGUCAACGUCACCAACAAAGACAUGAAGAGGCCAUUGCACGAAGCUGCACAAUUCGCACAGGAAGACGUUUUGAAAUAUUUAUUGAAUAAAGGUGCAUCAGUGGACGCUUUAAAACGCGGCGACUGGACACCUCUGAUGCUUGCAUGCACCAAAAGCGGUCUCGCAGCGCGUCAAUGCAUCGGUGCCCUUUUAACCGCUAACGCUAACGCAUAUUUACGCAAUAAAGAUGGCUGGACGCCACUGCUCAUUGCCUGCCGAACUGGUGAUGAAAAGGCGAUCGAUAUAUUGUUGAAGCAUUUGCCGACAUGCAUCGACGAUCGAAGCAACAAUGGCCGCACAUUUCACGGCCACGAGAGAGUGAUUAAUUUGCUCGUCGCAUCCAAUGCAAAUCUUCUGAAUGCACGGGACUCUUCAGGCUCCUCGCCGCUGCACGAAGCGGUAAAGCACGGAAACUUGGAUGCGACGAAGUGCAUCGUAUCUCUGGGCGCCGAUGUCAUCCUCCUAGACAAUGUCGAUCAAACUAUUCUACACGUUGCCGCAUCGACUGGCAAUGCGGAAGCUGUUGAAUACAUUUUGGAGCAUAAUCUGAUCAACGUAAAUUGCGAGGCUUCUUUUGGAAUCACACCGCUGAUGCUAGCUCGUAGGAAUAAUCAUAGCGACGUUGUUAAAAUUCUCAUUAGGUAUGGCGCUAAAUAAUAAAAUAUUUAUACGUAAUAAAUACUUGUUAUUAAACAAUUUUUUUUUACAUACUCUUGUAAUUAAUAAAUUGCACGAGUUAAACGCAUAAGUGAUACAAGACAACAUUUUUAUCACUUCGAUAUCUUUUGUGCGUCUCUUAUAACUAAAUCUGUUUUUUUAUUUCUCUUUUAAAA